AUUUCCAUGUGGGCAGAUUAUCACCGAGUCUAACAAAAGACCCGCUCCGCUCCUCAGCCUUUCUGCUCGGUUUCUUCUCUUGUUUUUCAGCUCUGAACUCCGGGUUUAAUCUGAGGAGGGACUUUGGUUUGUUCUGCCAGAGUUUGUGUCUCAGAUUCGCUCAUUCUGACUCGGUUUCCCUCCCUUUUUCCCAAAGUGCUGCCGGUGGAAGCGGAGCUGAGAGAUGCCGCUUCUCCACAGAAAAGCCUUCAUCCGACAGAAACCUCCGGCAGACCUGCGGCCAGACGAGGAGGUCUUCCUCUGCAAGAUCACACACGAAAUCUUUAGAACAUACGAUGAGUUUUUUGAGAGGACCAUCCUGUGUAACAGUUUGGUAUGGAGCUGUGCGUUGACGGGCCGAGCUGGCCUCACCUACCUGGAAGCGGUAGAGAGUGAGCGGCGGGCGAAGCAGAGUCUCCAGACCUUUCCUCCGUCUUUGGUGGUCCCUCUGCUCCACCUGGCCGCUCUGAGCCACCGCUGCAGACUGUCUGAGCUCUGCGAGGAUGUCUACGUCUUCAUCAAAGACCGGUUCUUCCCUAGAGAGACAGUGGAUGUCACAGGACGCAACGGAGCCAGACAUGUGUGUGAGAUCCUGCAGGUUCACUCUCCUCAUUCCAGCGCUAAUGGAGAGCCGGCUGCUAACGGCCACACCAAACCAACUGACGGCGAUGCCAUCGUCAUCAGUGACAGCGACGAUGAAAGCGGAGCCUUCCAGAGUCCCACAGCACAGAUCAACAGCAGGAAGAAGAAGCCUCUGAGUCCGUCAGUGUUUAAAUACACAGUUAGGAUCAUGAAUGAUAAACACAGUGAGCCGUUCACUGUGAAAGCCAAUCAGAUCAGUCGUAGGAAGACCACGGUGUCCAGAGAGAGACUUAAGCUGCUCUUUAAGCAGCACUGUGAACCUCAGAAUGGGACCAUCGCACUUAAGUCCUCUACAGUGAUGAGGUACCAGCUGUCUGACCAAACCUUCUCUCAGUUCUUCCCUGAUGAGCCCCCCCUGUUCCCAUUCAGCCCCCCCUCUAAAGGUGGAGGGCGUGGCUCACCUGGCCAGACGGGUUCAUCACUGCUGAAGGUGGCUGAGAAGUUAAAACUGCAACAGCAGAAGGAGGAGAUGGCAGCCGCCGCUCAGGACAAAGCUCGGCUGAAGAAGGAAAAGGAGGAUGCGCAGGAGGCCAAGAGGAGGGAGAGGGAGGACAAAGAGAGGCUAAAGGAGGAGCAGAGGAAGAGGUUUGAGGAGGAGAAACAGAGGAGGAGGGAGGAAAAGGAGCGCAGGAAGCUUGAGAAGGAGAAGGAACGAGAAAAGCUGAAAGAGGAGAAGAAGAAAUAUGCUGAACGGCUGAAACUGUGGAACAAACCCAGAGAGGACAUGGAGUGUGAAGACCUGAAGGAGCUUCCCAGUCCGGUUCCGGUGAGGACUCGGCUUCCAGCUGAGCUCUUUGGAGAAGCUCUGAUGGUUCUGGAGUUCCUACGGGCCUUCGGCGAGGUCUUCGACCUGAAGGACGAGUUCCCUGAUGGAGUCUCUCUGGAGGUUCUCGAGGAGGCUCUGGUGGGUUCUGACCCUGAAGGUCCUCUGUGUGAGCUGCUGUUCUUCUUCUUGUCAGCCAUCUUUCAGGCUCUGGACGAGGAGCAGGAGGACGUGGCUAAAGAACAGGCUGAAGACUUGUCAGAGGCCCUUGACGACGACUCUGAUGCCACUGAGUCUGCUCUCAGCGCCGUCGCAUCGUUGGCUGCCGCCUGGCCUCAGUUGCAUCAGGGCUGCAGUCUGAAACAGUUGGACCUGGACAGCUGUACGCUGUCAGAAAUCCUGCGGCUGCACAUCCUGGCAUCUGGCGCAGACUGUUACCAUGGCAACGCCAAGUUCCGUUACCAGAAGCAGGGCGGGUUCACGCUGAUGGAUGACCCGUGUGUUGAGCUGCGAUUGGCUGAGCCAGCGCUCCUGAAGAAACUGUCAAUCACAGCGGUUUAUGAUCUGACACCAGGAGACAAGCUGAGGAUCCUGCAGGCUCUGGUCGGGAAGCUGCUGACGUUGGCGUCCAGCAGAGAUCUAAUUGAAGACUGUGUCGAGGAUCAGAGAGCCGCCAGACAGGAACUGAGGGAGAUCAGAGCUGAACAACACCGCCGUGAGAGAGAGGAGGCAGCGCACAGGGUGCGUCUGCGUAAAGAGGAGAAGCUGAGGGAGCAGGAGCAGAGGCGGAAGGAGAAGGAGGAGAAGCUGCGGGAGCAGGAGGAGAGACUGAUGGAGGGACCCCAAACAAACAGUGAAACUUCUGGAGAACAAAACUUUGUGGAAGAUGAAGAACUAAACUCUCCAUCUGGAAAGAAGAAAAUGAAAGCGAAACUCCAGAAAGACAAGCAGAAACCGAUGAGCUCCGACCCCAAAACCCCGUCCGGCCCCCCCAGCAGCCUGAGUGCAGAGGAGCUGGAGAAGGAGCAGGAGAAGGUUCGAGAGCUUCAGGAGCGUAUUCAGAAAGCGGCGGCCUGCACUUGCCUGCCUGCUCUUGGCAGAGACCGGCUGUACCGCCGGUACUGGAUCUUCCCCUCAGCUUCCACUCUGUUUGUAGAGGAUGACUGCUUUGGCCUGACAGAGGACAUGCUGCACCCGUGUCCAAAACCUGCACAUGAUCUUACAACUAAGAUGGAAGAGGAGGAGGGCAUUAAGGAGGAGCCCGCAGAGGGAAGUGCUGGCUCAAACCCUGCCCCUGUCCACGCCUGUGGGCCGCCUGUCAAACGUCCCAACCAAUGGUCCUUCUACAGCUCAAUAGAGGAGGUGGAUCAGCUGAUCGAGGCUCUGAACCCUCGAGGUCACCGAGAGAGCAGCCUGAAGGAGGCGCUGCUGCAGGAGAGAGACAGAUUGCAACAUCUGCUGCAGAACUGUGACAGGAACAAAUACAGUCACACAGAUAAUCCGGAGUCGUCCCGUUCUGUCCCAGAAUGUACUGCUGCAGCUGAGACUUUGAUGGAGGUGAGAUUGAGAGACUUGUUGCUGGACAUCGAGGACCGAAUCCACCAGGGAACUCUGGGAACUCUGAAGGUUAUGGACAGACAGGUGUGGCGCUCAGCUCUGGAAGCAGGAAACUAUGAGCUAAUGUGUUCUGAUGGCAAAGAAAAUGGAGUUGUGAACGGACGAGUGGAAGCCAUGGAGGUGGACUCACCUGCCCACCUGAGAACCAGAGACAGGCUGCAGGAGCUGAAGUCCAACGGUGUGGCCUCCUGCAGCGGCUAUGGGACUCCUCAGGUGGUCAGUAGCUCCAUACGAAUCCUGGCUGAGGCUCUUGCUCACAUCGAACAAGGCAUCGAGAGGCGCUUCCUCAAACCUCCGCUGGGUGAGGAAGACUCAAAGAAAGACCAGAAGAUGAAGAAGAACAAGAAGAAGGACGAGGACCAGGCCAGUGAUGAUGGCAGUGACAGUGGUCGGGUCAGUAAGACGGUGUUGGAGCGAUGGAGGGAGUCUCUGCAGUCCUGUUCGAGUCUGUCUCAGGUUUUUGUCCACCUGUCCAGUCUGGAGCGAAGUGUUCUCUGGUCUCGCUCCGUCCUCAACGCUCGCUGUCGCAUCUGCCGACGUAAAGGAGAUGCUGACAACAUGCUGCUGUGUGACGGCUGUGACCGAGGACACCACACCCACUGCCUGAGGCCCCGCCUCAAGUCUGUUCCAGAUGGUGACUGGUUCUGUCCAGACUGUCGACCCAAACAGAGAUCCAGCCGCCUUCCAUCCCGUCAGCGCUCCUCUAUCGAUGAGGAGGAGGUGGAGGAGGAGGAGGAGGUUGUGGAACAGGAGUCAGAGGAAGAGGAAGAGUCAGAAGAGGAAGAGGAGGAGUCAGAGGAAGAGGAGUCCGAUGAGGAAAUACUGGUGAACACCAAGAAGAGCUUGGCCCCGCCCCCAAAAGGCAAGAGCCAACAGACCACGCCCAGAGCCCAGCAGGCCACGCCCAAAAACAGCACUUCCACUGCAGGGAAAAACUCAUCAGCCUCCAAGUCCUCAGGGAAAAAGGCCACGCCCCCCACGGUGAAGGCCAACAUGGCGCCUGGAGGUAAAGCUCCAGCCCGCUCUGGGAGUCGGGGCAGUGCCCGUCUGAGCCAUGAAAUCCUGCCACCAAACGGCAACAGCAAGACCUCGCCUGGUCAUAGCAAGAGGCUGCCUGCAGAUGCUGCUCCUCCCCCUAAACCCUCCAGACCCGUUCUUCCCGUCCUCCCCCCUUCAUCGUCUACCUCCGCGUCUUCAUCCAGCCGACGCUCCUCCGGCAGGAACCACGGAGUCCACGAGCUGUCGGCCUGUGAGCAGCUGACUGUGGAGCUGGUCAGACAUGAAGACAGCUGGCCCUUCAUGAAGCUCGUCUCCAGGACGCAGGUCCCUGACUACUAUGACAUCAUCAAGAAGCCGAUUGCUCUGAGCACCAUCAGGGAGAAAGUCAACAACUGUGAAUACCAGACAGCAGGUGAGUUUAUCUCCGACGUGGACUUGAUGUUCUCCAACUGUCUUCAGUAUAACCCCCGUCACACGAACGAGGCAAAGGCUGGUCUCCGCCUGCAGCAGUUCUUCCACUCGGAGCUCAGCAGACUUGGCCUAUUAGAGCGCAGCUCCGCCCCACCGGCCAAACGCUCCCGACACUGAACCCAACACACCCCUGUGACCUCACUGUUGUCCGCUCUGCUGAUUGGCCUGUGUCCCUGCUGAUGCCGACGUGUUGACUCUCCUUCAUGACCCGCGACCCCACACGGCUUACAGGCAGGUUCAAAGGUCAUGAAGUGGAGGGACUCUGUUCACCUGGAGUCACACAGACAUUAAACCUAUGACAGAUAACAUACUUGAGCUGUGACUAUAGCUCACCUGAAACACAGUCCUGUCCUCUCACUGAUCACAUGAUCAGAAAACAGACUGGUCUCCUGUGAGCUCAUCAAACCGUAGAAAGUGUUGGAGUCAGUUUUUCCUCGACGUGCUGACGUUCAGAUGUUCAGGGCAUUUCUUUUCUGUGUGGACGGAUGGUGGACAUGUAGCAUUCCUGUGGUGCUGUAGGACAGUAGAGACAGUAGAGACAAUAGAGUCCCAACAGUUUCCCUCUGAUGUUUCUGAAGUUUUCUUCCAGAAAAGCAAAAACCACUAAAGAAAUGUGAGCUUUGCACUGACAAUUCAAAGAAAUCAGAUCAGGCCAUGUUGGUCUGCUCAGGGACAAACGGUGCAGCUGCUUUUUACUGCUGCACAGUGUUGCCACGGCAACAAGGUCUCAGGCCAAAUGUCACCAGAGAAGUCUGUGGCAGCCAAAAUCAAAAUGAAAUCACAUUUUAAUUAAUUGUAAUCUAUCCAGAUAGAGUCCACAGCGAGUAAUGAAUAAAUAACAAAUGUUUUAAUCUUCACUGACUGCACUGUUUCCAGAGCUCUCAGCUGCUUCUCUUGGCCUUCUCCAGGAAGUGCACCUGGUUCAGGUGUCGUCACGUGACUGAAGGCCCCACCUGGUUCACGUGAUGACACCUGAGUGGACUGCGGUGGCUGCCUGAGAGUCAAACCGGACUUGUUCACUUUUGUUCUGAUUCCAGCUCGUUUCCAAUGACCAGCAGUGUCAGUUUCAAACCAGGAGGAUUUUCAUUUCUUUCCAUUUGAAACGAGUCAGGACAGAACCCAAGUGCGGUCUGAAAAUAAAUUCUAAAAUGCGACUGGACACGAGGCCUUCUGACUUCUGUUCCUGACAUCUAGGUGAUAAAUUUAAUAAACCACAGACUUCCACAGGUCACAAUUGGAACAUCUUGAAUCUCACGGUAUCAAACGGUCGUCGAUGUGCCAACAGACAGCAACCGACAGCCCCGCCCUCAAUGUACUGACCACAACCCUAAAUCACAAGCCCCACCCCCGCGCUCCCCUCUGAAUUCAUAAAAAUCCCUUUAUCUAAAUAAAUGCCCCAAAACACCACGACCUCAAGGUUGGCAGGCCGUUUGUUACGUGCCCUGAUAGAAAAGGCCUUAAAGGAACAGUCCGUGUCUUUCUUCAGUGACUGCUCAAAUGGACGCCCCUCGUGUCCGAGUGGGGCUGCGCGUCCGUAUUACUGACACGGACUGCUCCUUUAAAAGCUGCUGUGGCCUCUGUGGAUGUAUACUUUAUGUAUUUUGACUACUGCAACAUUUUUCUUUAGGCUCUUUUGUUUGAUGCGUUCCUGUUCUGUGACGUUAGUGUGAGCCGCGUGCGUGCGGGUGGAGGUCCGCUGUAGGCACUACACUGGAGCCGCUGCAGCCUCCUCUGCUGUGUAUUUAUUUAGUUGAAGUCUCUGCUGCGGUGUCUUUAUUUAUGCGUGGCAGACGCCUGCUGAUGCUAUCUGUCUGUUUCUGUUGUUCUCAUGGAAAAAUAAAUGAACGUUUUCUAACCA